AUGGAGAAGAGCGAAGAGAAGGAAUUUGUGUGCAGGUUCUGUAACAAGAAGUUCCCUUCUGGGAAAUCACUCGGAGGUCACAUCAGAAUUCACACCAACGAGUAUUCAGUUAAUUCAGAUAGUGGCAAUCGCCAGAGGGAGAAGAACAAGAGUUUGGUGGAUCGCAGGGAGAUGGUGGCUCUGAAACAGAAGCAACAGCAACUUUCUUGCAGAGAAUGUGGUAAAGGAUUCGAUUCUUUGAAAGCUCUUUGCAAUCACAUGGAUUCUCACGCUGAGGGGGAGAAGAUGGUGGUGGAUAGCGAAUCUGAUAGUGACACAGAGACUUCCUCAGCUCCUACGAGGAAAAGAUCCAAGAGGGUGAUGACGAAACAAUCCAAUUUUGAAUCUUUUAGUGAUGGGGACUCGUCUUCUGCUUCUGAGGUUGACCUAGAAGAUAAGGACACGGCUUUGUCUCUGAUGAUGAUGUCUAGUGAUUCGAAAGGACGUAACUUGGGGGUGAACUCUCUGGCUGAGUCAUCGGAAAACAACUCUGUGAUUCUGGAGACAAAGUCUUCUUCAGGGGAGCAGCUUAAGAAGAUCUCCAGUGUGAAGAACCAGGUUUUGAAGACAGAUGAAGUUGCAGCUGAUGACCAAUUGAGAUCUGCUGAUGAUGACGAUGGUGCUAUUCUCUGUGAUUCAGAUGACUCUGACUCUGAUUACUUCAUGAAUGGCCCAAAGAAGUCUGACUCAGGUGUUUCCGUUGAUGGAGCUCUUAGGAACACUGGAUUUGGAUUCAGCAAUUCCUUGAACAACAGAUUCAGGAACAGUGAUGAGCAGAGGGUCAAGGAGGGAGGAUCACAGUAUGAGCUGAGAAAAAGCAAAAGAGUGUUGCCUUCUUAUGAAAGUGGUGCACACAGCUUGGAAACUGAGUCCUGUGCUGACACAAGCAACAAGAUCUAUAGGUCUAAUUAUGGCAAGUCUCCUAUGGUUAAGAAAGCAAGUGGUGGUGCAAAGAAGAAAAGCACAGGACACGAGUGUCCGAUUUGCUUCAGGGUGUUCAGCUCAGGCCAAGCUUUAGGUGGUCACAAGAGAUCACAUUCCUUUGAGAACCAAGAACACAGGAUCAGGAUCAAACACAGAGCAGCUGAUAUGCGAAUCGAUCUCAACCUUCCUGCUACUGAUAGUGAUGAAUGA